UUUAUCAAAGAAGACUUUAUUACGAACGAUAAGAUAGCACAAUAAUUGCACAAUAAAAUAAAAAAUUCUCGUAGAAACAAGAUUGCGUGUUUAGCAAGCACCAUCAACACAACCCAGUCCACCAGUUCCACCAACACUACCAACCCACACACCCUACAGUCGUCCUCCAAAGUAACAUUGAAUUUCAAAAACCCACAAAUUCAAAAAUAUGUAAUUCGUCUUUUUCAUGAGCUCCUAGUGCGACUAAACAAACAGUAUGUACCUCUCCAGCAACGGCUCGGUGACCCCCGAAAAGAGGUUAGGUCAAAAUUGCAUAGUGCAGCCCCUGUUGACCGACCUAUACCAAAUAACGAUGGCUUACGCCUACUGGAAGUCCGGCAAAACGCAAGAGCACGCCGUCUUCGACCUAUUCUUCCGAAAAAACCCGUUCAACGGUGAAUUCACCAUAUUCGCAGGCCUUGAGGAGUGUGUCAAGUUCGUGGAUAAAUUCUCGUAUUCGAAGAGCGACAUCGACUACAUAAGGCAAGUUUUACCGUCUAAUGUUGAAGAGGAGUUUUAUGGGUAUCUGGGUAACCUUACGGCGAAAGGGGUGUCGCUGUAUGCGAUGCAAGAAGGAAGUGUGGUUUUUCCUCGGAUACCCAUGCUGCGGGUUGAGGGCCCCCUCAUUGUGGUGCAACUUCUCGAAACCACGCUUUUAAACCUGGUGAACUAUGCGAGUUUGAUUACUACGAAUGCGUCGCGGUUUCGAAUGGCUGCCAACAAACUCAAUUUGUUUGAAUUUGGGUUGAGGAGGGCGCAAGGACCGGAUGGGGCCCUAUCGGCUUCCAAGUACUCAUACAUUGGGGGUUUUGAUGGUACUAGUAACGUUCUGGCUGGGAAGUUGUUCAAUAUUCCGGUUAAAGGGACCCAUGCCCAUUCAUACGUCACGUCUUUUAACAGUUUGGAUGAACUAACGACGAAGAAUCUCGCUCCGAAUAAAGGGGGGAAACCGGUGGAUUUCGUGGAUUUGGCUGUGAGCUGGCGCAAGAAAAUUGUGUCCAUUUUUAAUGUAAUGUUGUCAGAGGUUAACAAUGGCGAGUUUGCCGCUUUUAUAUCGUUCGCUAUAGCUUUCCCUAAUAGCUAUCUCGCUUUAGUGGACACUUACGACGUUAAAAAAAGCGGUUUGAUUAAUUUUAGCGCUGUGGCACUCGCUUUGGGUGAUUUGGGGUAUGAGCCGGUCGGCAUACGCUUGGACAGUGGCGACCUGGCAUAUCUGUCACUAGUGGCACGCGAAGUCUUCACCCAAAUCAGUAAAGACUUCAAGCGUCCAUCCUUCGCUAAAUUAAUGAUCAUGGCGUCGAACGACAUCAACGAAGAAACGAUCCUCAGUCUGAACGAACAAGGGCACGAAAUUGACUCCUUUGGAAUAGGGACGCAUCUAGUGACCUGCCAGAAACAACCAGCGCUAGGAGGGGUGUACAAAAUGGUCGAAAUCAACGGCCAAGCGCGAAUUAAACUCAGCCACGAUGUGGAUAAAGUGACCAUUCCGGGAAAAAAAGACGCUUAUAGGUUAUACGGGGACAGCAACCUGGCCCUAAUUGACUUGCUUCAAAUCUCGUCGGAAGAUCCCCCUGAAGUGGGGAAAAAAGUCCUGUGCAGACAUCCAUUCCAAGAGUCAAAAAGGGCAUUCGUGACUCCGUCAAAGGUGGAAAAUUUGCUACAACUGUAUUGGAAGGACGGGAAGAUUUGCCAGCCGUUGCCGAACAUGCAAGAGAUUAAGGAGAGAGUGGUGAACAGUUUGAAGAUACUGAGACCUGAUAUUCGGAGGGCGUUGAAUCCUACGCCUUACAAGGUGGCAGUUAGUGAUAAUUUGUAUCACUACCUGCAUAAUUUGUGGCUCGAAAAUGCCCCCAUAGGGGAGCUGUCGUAGUGUAUGUGGUAGUCGCUGUGAAGUAUUAGAUUUUUCUCUAUUUUAUAUAAAUGGUUAUUUUAUUUUAUGUAAUUGUAUACUUUUUAUGAAUAAAUGUUAUCGUCAAGUUUUA